ACCUACGAUGUUACAGAAUUUAAUAUAUUCGUAUUUAUAACAUGCAUACAUUUUACUGAUAAGUAAUGUAACAAACUAGAAACAGUUUUCAAUGACUGGUGAUUUUGACUUCACUAUUCCUAAGAUCUGCAUCCUAUUCUUCGAACAGCAGGGGAAAGACAUCAUUCCUCGUUUUGGCUUGUUUAGUAAAAUGGCGGACACCAAGCUGUAUGAUGUGCUAGGAGUUAGUAAGAGUGCGUCCGAUCUCGAAAUUAAGAAGGCUUACCGUAAGCUAGCCAAGGAAUUUCAUCCUGAUAAGAAUCCUGAAGCAGGAGACAAGUUCAAGGAAAUAUCAUAUGCAUAUGAAGUCCUGUCGGAUAGCAAGAAGCGUUCAACAUAUGACAAAUAUGGACUGAAGGCAAUGCAAGAAGGGGGUCAGGAUGGCCCAGGCUUUGGCGCUGAUGAUUUGUUUUCUCACCUUUUUGGUGGUGGUAUCUUUGGGAUGGGCAUGGGGGGUAGCGCGCGAGCCAGGCGUCAGCAGCGAGGUGAAGAUACAGUCCAUCCGCUAAAGGUAUCAUUAGAGGAAUUGUACAAUGGCAAGACAGCUAAACUUCAGCUUAGUAAAAAUGUAAUUUGUGAAGUAUGUGAUGGGAAAGGUGGUCGAAGUGGGGCGUCUCAUACUUGCCGCACCUGUCGAGGAUGUGGCAUUAAAGUUACGUAUAGGCAGCUUGGACCUGGCAUGUCACAACAGCUUCAGUCUCGUUGUUCAGAUUGUGGGGGAGAAGGUGAAGUUAUUAGUGAGAAGGACCGCUGCUCAACAUGCCGUGGCAAGAAAGUAGUGAAUGAAACUAAAAUCCUGGAAGUUCACAUUGACAAAGGAAUGAAGGAGGGUCAGAAGAUUUACUUCCGAGGCGAGGGAGAUCAGCAGCCUGAAGUUGAACCUGGUGAUGUAAUCAUCGUUUUGCACCAGAAACAACAUGAUAAGUUUCAGCGUUCAGGUGAUGAUCUAGUGAUGACACAUACCAUCACACUUACAGAGGCACUCUGUGGGUUCAGCAUGGUGCUUAAACAUCUUGAUGGUCGUGACCUUCUGGUCAAACAUCCUCUAGGACAGACUAUUAAACCAGGUGACGUUAAGGGUAUUGAAGGUGAGGGUAUGCCUCAUUAUAGAAAUCCUUUCGAGAAGGGCAACUUGUACAUCAAGUUUGAUGUCACCUUUCCAGAAAGUCAUUUCACAAAUGAAAUAAAACUCAAGGACAGAGAGCAACCACUAGUUCUGGAACUGGAGCAAUUGUUACCACCACGACCCACAUUUGAACUGCCUAAAGGAGAACACGUAGAAGAAGUUGACCUUCACGAAUAUGAUCCGAAUGAACGCCAUGCUGGUAUCUCUGGCCGACAAGAAGCGUAUGCCAGCGAUGAUGAUGAACGUGCUGGUGGUCCUGGUGGUAUUCAGUGUGCUCAUCAAUGAUGGCCCUACUGCAACCUUAGUCUGGCCAAUUUGCCAUGUGGCUAACUGCCUAAGGAUCCUGGGAGCUGUAUGGACUUUUGUUGAAUUUAUUUAAAUAAAUGUCUUAAUUGAAGGAUAAUUGGUCGGUUCUUAACUGCCUGCUUCUAGCACCAUGUCUUUUCCAAAAUGUGUUUGAUGUCAUUUUUAUGGAGGCCACACUCAAUUGAGGUGAGAUUUGUAUACUUUAAUUUUAUUUUAUGGCAGAAUUUAGUCCUUUAAGCGUCUUCAUAUAUUAGAAUAAUACAGUAGAAAAGGAUACAUAGGUCAGUCUUGCUGUAAUGUUUACAAUUAAAAUGAAAAUUUGGUUAAAAAUUAAGCACACGAGCAUUGUUUAUAUAUUUAAACUUUCCACCCAACAGUGGUCACACUUUAACAAUGCUAGUUGCCAAAAAGACAAAAUACUAUUAUAACACAAAAAUGGGAGGGGGUAGCACUGAACUGCUAUGAUACGAAUUUUCCGUCUGGAAUAAUUAAAGUUUUUGUUACAACUGGAUUUUGAGAGAUUGAAUGAUCUGUUUUAAUAUGGACAGAGUGAAUAUGAAUGAAUGGUUGCUGUUACUAUUUACUUAAUAAAGCAGAAGGUAAAAUAAAUAUAUGUUUAUGUCUUUGCAGAAUUAGUUGUAUGAAAUGUAGUGAGAACUGAUGCUGUGGUUUUCACAAUGCAGAAUGAUUAAUCACAUGUGUAAAAAUUAUUGCAGUAUUCAGUUAUUUUUUGUAUAUGCCAGAAACAGUCUGCAUGAUUCCAGAACAACCUGUCCAGCCAUCCUGAAGAAAAUAUUGAUAAUAAUGCUCAUUAAUAUUAAGAUGUAUGCAAAUUGUCUCUUGAAACCCAGCAUGUAUAUAAUCUGUAAUCCAAUUUACAUGAUGAUAAGACUUUCUAGUAUAAGGAGUGAAAGAUUAUUUAAUCAUUCUCAUCUGUAUGGUAAAUUAUUUUGUUUGUGGGUGAAGAAGGUGGGACAGGUUGAAACUGUACUGAUAGCAGAAGAUUUGAGAAUUUUAAACUUAUUAGCUCAGUGCCUGUUAAGACUUGUACCAAUAUGAUUGGUAACAGUCUUUUGAAUUGCAUAACGUAUGUCCGUUAUAUUCUGACACAUCAUGUAUGUCAUAAAUGCAUUCAAAGCAACAUAGUUUGUUCCCGUCAAUGUUGCCUUAUUUUUUACAGUCUUUAAUAUGUAUUUUGUAUGUGGCAAAGCUCAAAUAUUUGAAGAUGACCAUAACAAAUCAAAAUUUGCCUCAUAAAGAGGUUAAGACCACGUUAAAUUCAGGGAAAGCUUACUACAGUUUGAUUAAGAAUCUUUUGUCUUUAUGUCUAAAAAUAAAACUGCUUUAAUUUUAUUUCUGAAGUAAUGUCAAAAUCAGUGCUGGAAGUAUCGAAUGUAAUCGCAACUACACCUACAUGUAAUUAGUUUUACUUUUGUUAAAUAUACAGUAGUACAUCCUUUUACGAA